AAACGGUUAGCACGUUACCGUUUGUCGCGCUUUCAAAUCUCGAACGCGGAUCGGCUGCGUGAAAAUCAAUUCGAAUUAUAAAAAGAAAAUCUGACAAUUGAAUUUAGAAUGAUUUUUUUAAACAGUGAUGAAUUUUAAAUGUAAAAUAAAAGUGGCCAGCUUUUUACUUUUUUGAUUGACGUGAAAUCACAAUAUUGACAGAAUUUGACUAUUGUGUUAAUACAACAUUUUAUCAUCGCGUGUUUUGAAGUGUUUUCUUUUUGUGAAUUGUUUAUAAAGAAAAUAAACAACAAGCAGUUACGUGUUGGAUUUACAUAGUGAAUGUGUAUGGAUGCCUGAAAUUCAGGGAUAUAUUUUAGACGGUUGAUUUUUCUGAAAUCAGCCGUUCCAAGGAAUUUCAGCGAGGAUUUCAGAUUACACUUUAUGAAUGGAAUGGCCCAGUUUGCGACAUUCGUAGCGUAAACUAUGUAACACCAUCAAAAAGUGAAAGCGAGUGCAGUGAGUGAGUGUUGUGUAUGUGAUGAAGUGAGGCCCCAGAAAUGAGGCGGACUUAUGGCCCGGGGCCACGAGUGUGGACCUGGGUGGCGGUGCUGGCUGCCUUGGGCCACACCACGGCCUACACCGACACUGAGGACUUUCUUAGCGAUUUGGAUAAGCCAGUGCCAACAUCAGACGUGCAAGGAGUCCUGAAGAAGAAGGCAUCAUUGCCCUGCGACAUCCAGCCCCUCCACGCCGACGACGCUGUCGUCAUGGUGCUGUGGUUCAAGGAGUCUGAUGGGGAGCCGCUUUAUAGCUACGACAUCCGAGGACGGACCUACAACCAGCCCAAGCUCUGGUCUUCCCCCACGGUCUUCGGGAAACGAGCCUUCUUCCGAGGAGGCGCGACACCGGCCGUCCUGAUGAUUGAAGAUGUUAUGGCUGAAGAUGCAGGGGUCUACAGAUGCAGGGUCGACUUCAAGAACUCUCCUACAAGGAAUUUGAAAGUUAAUUUUACUGUUAUAAUCCCACCCGAAAGGCCGACGAUAUACGAUGCCAAGAGAAGAGAUCGGACGAAAUUGGUCGAGCCUUACAACGAAGGGUCUAAUGUUCUGCUCAUUUGCGAGGUUACAGGAGGUCGACCAAGACCCCGCGUGACGUGGUACCUCGAGAACGUAGUCAUCGACGACUCCUUCGAGCAGCGCUCAGACGGCGUCACCAUCAACACGCUCACCUUCCCCAACGUGGGUAGGCAGCACCUCAACGCACGCCUCGUCUGCCAAGCCAGCAACACCAACCUCGCGCCACCGGAGACCAAAGUUCUCAUUUUGGAUAUUAAUUUGAAGCCGAUCACAGUGAACAUCCUGAACAAGGAGAAGCAAGUGUCAGCUGACAAGAGGUAUGAGAUAGAAUGCAAGACGACAGGAUCCCGGCCUGAGGCGUACGUCACGUGGUGGAAGAACAACCGGCAGUUGAAGAGGAUGGCUAAGAAUUUUUCCGAAAACAACGAAACCCUGAGUGUGCUGUCGCUGGUACCAAGUGUGGAAGAUGAUGGAAAGUACCUCACUUGUCGAGCUGAGAACAAACACAUACCCGACUCCGCCAUCGAGGAUAAGUGGAGGCUUAAUGUGCAUUAUGUUCCAGUGGUGGAUCUGAAGAUGGGAUCGAAUCUGAAUCCUGAUGAGAUCAAGGAAGGCGACGACGUUUACUUCGAAUGUACUGUGAAGGCCAACCCGAAGACCCAUCGAUUGGUUUGGUUCCAUGAUAACUCUGAGAUCUUCCACAACGAAGGAGCCGGCAUCAUCCUGAGUGCCCAGAGCCUCGUCCUGCAGAGCGUGACCAGAGCAGCAGCUGGGGACUACACCUGCAUGGCAGCCAAUAGCGAAGGCAAGGGGACCAGCAACCCUGUUUCUUUGUUGGUUCGAUACGCGCCAGUCUGCGCUGAGCGGAGAGACGGAGAACUUUUCGGAGCUCUCAAGCAUGAGACCGUAUCCAUCCACUGCAAGGUCGACGCCAACCCAGCUUUAGUCUCCUUCCACUGGACGUUCAACAACUCUGGGGAACAGACAGAGAUCCCUCCACGGUUAUACAGCAGUCACGGGCACACAUCGACCCUUAACUAUACACCGACAACAGACAUGGAGUAUGGUACCCUUGCCUGUUUCGGGUCCAAUGCUGUUGGUCAACAGAAGAUUCCCUGCCACUUCAAUCUGGUUGCUGCUGGUCGUCCAUUCCCGCUGCAAAACUGCUCGGUGGCCAACCAGAGCAUCGACUCGUUAUACGUGGAGUGUGUGGAGAACUUCGACGGUGGUCUGCCCCAGACCUUCCUGAUGGAGCUGCGUGAACUGCCUUCGUUGGCUAUCCGCUACAACGUUUCAACGAACCGCACCCCUCCAUACUUCGAGAUCCGUGGUCUUCCACCAGGAGUCAGCUACAGGAUAGACCUGUAUGCUGUCAACGCCAAGGGACGGAGUGAUGUGUCUACCAUCGAGACUGUCACUCUGAAGGGACAGGCUAAAUAUACUGGAGACAGCAACACGCUGGGCAUGUCGCCAGUGCUGGCUUCGAUCGCGGCCAUGUCAGCUCUGCUGGCCACUGCUGUCUGCGGGGUCCUCGCUGUGUUGUACCGCCGGCACUCCAACAGGCACCGGCAUUUGCCUGCUAAACAUGCGCCUUUGAGCGAAGCACUGUACGCGGAAAGACAAGCCCAUUGUCCCACCCCGGUGAAAGCAGAGCCCGACUCUCGCGCAAGCAGCGCAGAGCCCAGGGGGGACACGCGGGGGGCCCGCGGGGCGCUGCUCCACGCACCAGACCCCAGGGAAGACGAUGCUGACCCGGAUAUCAUACCUUGCUUGUAUGAACGCAGGCCAGUCACCAACGGGUACAUGAGCCUGCAGCGUCCACCAUCAGCCACCAAGCUGAAGACAGACGACAACCGCUCCGACCCCGACGGUGGGGCCUACUACACAGACUUUAGGAAGAAGGACUAUAGGAUACCUUUAACUAGUUCGUACCAUAGUUUAGGACGAGUGAACAAAGGAGUGAACGCUUGCAGCCCAAGUUCUGCCACCGGUGUGACGUCAUCGCUCACCGCUCACCGUCUAAGACCAGAAGUGGUCACCACCUCCCAUCGAGUCCAGGAAAGCUGUAUAUAAACAUGUACAUAUGUACUAGCCUAAGUAAUAUCCGACCGCGGCAAGUAUGUCUCUAUUUCGAACAAAUUGUAAUUGUAUAUGAUGACAUACUUGUUCCGGUCGUGUUAUAUUGACUGUGUUCCUUUCAUAGUAUAACCCCUUUUGUAAAAAUGUUUUAAAGGUUAUUAUAGUUGAUUGUGGAUGGUGUAAUGUGGUGUUGAAUUGAACCGUUACACCCACAUGUAAUUUGAAAGCUGAAUGACUUGUUAAUGUAUUUAUUAAUCAUUUUGAGAAGCCGUCGGAAUAGACAUGUGAAUAAGGUAAUUGAUUUUGCCUUAUUAAUAUACUUAUUAUUAAUUUUGGAAAGCCAUUGGAAUACACAUAUGAAUAAGGUAAUUAUUUUUGCCUUAUUAAUUAUUAAACAAUCACAUAUCACCCUGAAGGUCUAGCAUGCGUAACGUGAUAAAAUUAUCCAUCGAUUCAAUACAUUUUGUCGAAAUUCUUUGUUUUUCCCCUAACAUGCGUGAUUUUGAUCGUAUUUUGACACAACGACAUGACUUAUUUGGAUUCACAUAUUGGCACCAAUUGACACGACCUCCGUGUUCCAGUGGUUGAGCGUUGGCCUCACGAUCCGGAGGUCCCGGGUUCGAUUCCCUGUGGGGACAUAUCACAAAAAUGACUUUGGGGCCCUAGUUUGGUUAGGACAUUACUGACUGAUCACCAAAUUAUCCGAAAGUAAGAUCUGUGCUUCAGAAAGCACGUUAAGCCGUUGGUCCCGGUUACUACUUACUGAUGUAAUUAUGUAGUCGUUACAUGAGCCAUGUCAGGGGCCUUUGGCGGCUCAAUAAUAACCCUGACACCAGGGUGGAGGAGGUUGGUACCCACACGAUAAAUAGACCAAUCGACAAAAUGACCGUGACAAUUUUCUCACGUUGCGUGUGUUAGCACCACUGAUCAAAAUAGUUUACUAAUAUUAAUAAGUGAUUUUCUAUCGGUGGUCGUCCUUAACUCAUUAAAUGAAGAGUAAUACUACGUAUAGGAGCUCGGAGGCGCAGCGGUAAACGUGCUCGGUCUGCGAUUGUUGAAGUUAAGCAACUUUCGCAAAGGCCGGUCAUAGGAUGGGUGACCACAAAAAAAAAGUUUUCAUCUCGAGCUCCUCCGUGCUUCGGAAGGCACGUUAAGCCGUUGGUCCCGGCUGCAUUAGCAGUCGUUAAUAACCAUCAAUCCGCACUGGGCCCGCGUGAUGGUUUAAGGCCCGAUCUCCCUAUCCAUCCAUAGGGAAGGCCCGUGCCCCAGCAGUGGGGACGUUGAUGGGCUGAUGAUGA